CCCACCUGAAAGCACUACUCCUGGAUGCCACUUUCUCUGGCAUGGCUGUUGAAGAGAAAGAAGAAGAUUUUCAUCCGAGGAAGAGUAUCAGCUCUUAUAUUUGGUUCAGUGAGUAUUUGGGAGAAUGGGAAGAUGACAACUUUCUAAUGUAUGCAAGAUAGAAUGGGAUCAUUACUUCAGAGUGACUUCAGAGCUUGGCGUUUGAGUAAAAGGCAAGAGAGGGAGACAAGAUAGAGAAAGCCAAAGUGCAGGGAAGUGUUCGAAGCAUUUGAGCUGCCAACAGUUGAUCAAGAGCUGAAUUGAUCGAGUGUAAACUGGCGUCCAGGCAUCGAUCGAGUGAGGAGAGGAUGGCUAGGAAUCGGAGCUUCAAAAAAAUGGCAGUGAUCGUCUUCUUUUUUUCCAUGUCGCUUUUGGUUUUGGUGGCUUUUGCUCCAUUGCCUUCGGUUUCGCAUCAUCCUUCUUCUCCGAUUCGUUUGGAUAAAGGAAAUGAAAGAAGAUUUGAGAUAGCCGAGGACAUGUUCUGGAAAGAUGGGAAACCAUUUAGGAUAAUUGGAGGUGAUUUGCAUUACUUUCGAGUGCACCCUGAGUACUGGGAAGAUAGACUGCUGAGGGCCAAGGCAUUGGGAUUAAAUGCUAUACAAACUUAUGUUCCAUGGAAUUUGCAUGAGCCGAAACAAGGCCAUCUGGUAUUUGAGGGCUUCGCAGAUAUAUUAUUGUUCCUAAAGCUUUGCAAGAAACUAGAUUUGUUGGUUUUGCUGCGACCUGGUCCAUAUAUAUGUGGAGAGUGGGAUUUGGGUGGCUUCCCUCCAUGGUUACUUACUAAGGAGCCUGCUGUUAGGCUAAGAUCAUCAGACCCUGCCUUCCUUGACUCUGUUGAAAAGUGGUGGAAUGUUCUACUUCCAAAAAUUUCUCCUUUUCUCUACAGCAAUGGAGGUCCUAUUGCAAUGGUCCAGGUUGAGAAUGAAUAUGGUUCAUAUGGAGAUGACAAGGCUUACCUGCAUUAUUUGGUCAAACUUGCACGAAGGCACCUUGGGGAUGAUACAAUAUUGUAUACCACCGAUGGAGGUACUAGGGAAACCCUUCAUAAAGGAACAAUUCCUGGAGAUGUUGUUUUCUCAGCUGUUGACUUUUCCACUGGAGAGGAACCAUGGGCAAUAUUCAAGUUACAGAAAGAGUUUAAUGCACCAGGGAAAUCACCUCCUCUUUCAGCUGAAUUCUAUACUGGCUGGCUCACACAUUGGGGAGAGAAUAUUGCGAGUACGGGUGCACAGUUUACAGCUACUAACUUGGAAAAUAUUUUGUCAAAGAAUGGAUCUGCCGUUCUUUAUAUGGCACAUGGUGGAUCAAACUUUGGUUUUUAUAGUGGUGCUAAUACUGGAUCAAAUGAGUCAGACUACCAGCCUGAUCUUACAUCCUAUGAUUAUGAUGCACCUAUUAGGGAAUCUGGAGACGUGGAUAAUGAAAAAUACGAAGCUCUGAGAAGGGUUAUUGCCAAAUACAGUGCAGAGCCACUUGCUUCUGUUCCCCCUAAUAAUGAGAGGAUAGCUUAUGGCCAAAUUAAGCUCGACAGAGUUUCAUAUUUGUUUGAUACAAUCAGCAUGAAAGGCCGUGCCGAUGUGGUUGAGUCUGCUAAUCCAAUCGCAAUGGAAGUUAUUGGACAGAUGUUCGGCUUCAUCUUAUAUUCUUCACAGUACACUCCAAAAGACGACAAAAGUAUAUUGUCCAUACCAAAGGUGCACGACCGAGCUCAAGUGUUUAUUUCCUGCCCAAAAGAUAGUGAGAAGAGGCCAACAUACGUUGGUGUCAUCGCAAGAUGGUCUAAUAAACCCAUUUACCUGCCGCGCUUAAAAUGUGAAUCCGAAACUAAAUUAUAUAUCCUGGUUGAAAAUAUGGGUCGCAUAAAUUAUGGGAAAUAUAUUUUCGACAGGAAGGGCAUUUUGUCAGCUGUUUAUCUUGAUGGGAACCCUCUGUACCAUUGGGAAAUGCUUCCUAUCGCCUUCCAAAAUCUGAACGAAGCCCGUAACCCCAUCAUUCUGAAACAAAGUAUGAAUGGAUCUUCGUACAAAAAUCCGAAAAACAAGAAUAAUAUUCAUGAACCAGCUUUUUACGCCGGCCACUUCACCAUCGACAAAGUCAGAGACACAUAUCUAUCCUUCAGAGGCUGGAGUAAAGGAAUUGCAUUUGUUAAUGAUAUUAACAUUGGUCGAUUUUGGCCGUCUGCUGGACCUCAAUGCAACCUUUAUGUGCCGGCGCCAUUCCUACGGCAAGGAGAUAAUAAUGUGGUCAUCUUGGAGCUCGAACCCCCGAAACCAGAUCUGGUUGUGAGCUCAGCUGAUGGCCCCGAUUUCACCUGCGGCUCUAAGAGCUCAAAACUUGGUAAAUCAAGAAGACAAGGUGUUUUGAUCUCCUGAUCUCCUGAGGUACCGAAAUGAAAUAAGAUCAUGUAGAUUCUAUCUGAGGAAUAUCCUACACUCCAAUGUCCCAUUGGGCCAUACCAUACAGUAUCGAGCGCAGAAGGCUAAAUGUGUACCUAGAUUCAUUAGCAUAUACUUCGCCAUUCAUUAGAAGAAUUCAUAAUGUUCUGUCCCAACAGCGUUAACACGCUCCGAGCUAAAUGCAGAUUAUGAUAUCAGCAAAAAUUCCCGAAAAAAUAGGAUGGGGUUUUAUUUUAA